AUGAAGGAAAGGCGUCGAAACAGCUGUUUGGAUUGGGCUCAAGGUGUGCGCCAGCGGGGAAGGACGGAAGCAUCAGCUGGUGAAGCAUCUAAGGAGGAAUCAUCCACACCGCAAGUGCCCAGUGCCCUGAGGUGCGCCAACCGCAUAUUUGGUAGGUUAUCAGGACCUGCUACUAGUAGUACACCUGGCAACACUAUAGGAAGUAGCACAGCAAGUGGUGACGAAAGUCAACUUAAUUUUUCGCAGAAACUAGCUAGGGUUAUCAAUAUGUCGCAGGAUCAAGGUACCGCUCCUUUGGCUCAGAAUCAGGACGAGAAUCCUUCGGGUGGUUCAGGUCCCCCCGACCAGAUAGGACAAUUAAUGAGCGUUUUGUACCAGCAAAGUCAGAUGAUGGCAUCAUGUAUGAACGAAAUUCGUCAAAUGAGAGGUGAUAUGCUUUCGCUUAGCCAACGCGUAGCUGAGGUUGAGCAUUCUGGGAAUGCGUCAGCAAUUAUCCCUCCCAAUGGCUCGAGUUCGACCCCAGGAGAUCCUAAUAGAGAAGCUAACGUGGCCCAAAUUGGACCUAGAAGCGGUCAUGCACCGGAAAUAGAUGAACAGCAGCACCAAUCUACACCGAAUCGAGAUGGUGCGAACAGGGGUAGGCCAAGUCAGUCCAAUAGAGAUAGGGAUAUAACCUAUAGUGCAAGAGAGCUUGAUAUCCGGAAACCUAUUGAUUUGGACAGGUGGCACAUCAAAUUUGAUGGUACAGGUCGUGACAUGACAGUAGAAAGUUUUAUCUUUCGUGUAGAGAGAAUGCGGGAGCAGUAUAAUAUUUCUCAUAGCCAGUUACUUAGUGACUUUCAUUGUUUAGUAUCUGGUAGUGCUGCCAAAUGGUACUGGCAGAUACUGGAAGAUAAUGCUGAAGAUAUGGAUUUUGACUAUUUUGUUUUGAAAAAGGAGUUAUUGAAGCACUUUAGGUCUGCAGAUACUGAUUAUGAAAUCAUAAAAGAAAUCAUGGAACGGAAACAACAGUCCGGAGAGGGGUUUGAAGAAUAUUACGCGGAUGUCCAUAAUCUCACCUUUCGACUCCGUAAAAAGAUCCCUGAGGCUGAUUUAGUGAAAAUAGUUAGGGGUAAUUUGAGAAGCAAUUUGGCCAGCCUAACUUUUUCUGCAAAUAUAAGUACAAUUGCUGACUUGAGGACCGAAUGUAAAAGGGCAGAACGACUCUUGAAAGAAAAUAGGCAACGAAAUAGACAAGUAAACGAAAUCUCAGUGUGGAACACUAAUGAGGAGGAAGUGGAUGUUUCCUUAGAGGCUAUGUCUGCUCCAAACAAAUUUAUGAAUAAUACGAAGGUUUCUAAAACACCAAAUGGACAGCAGUUUGCUAGAAACCCAACUGCAGCCAAUAAUAGAUAUGUUCGCAAUGAGACUUCCCAGACUAGUCAGCCCUCUCAAAUAUCACCUGAAGAGAGAUUUUGUCUUUCUCCCUUCCAUCUGAACCUGUGCUUUAGUUGUGGGAAGAGGUUGUGUGUAGAGACGAUAAUAACCUUAGACGGGGACAAUAGAUUCUUCGCUAGCACAGAUGUUGGAGGUAAGCGGGUUACAGCAUUGCUGGACUCUGGCGCUGGUGCAUGUUGCAUAGGCAAAAAUGCCAUGGAGUUUGUAAAGGGUCUUGAAAAGGAUAUUAUUAUACUAAAACAACAAAAUGUGAGAACAGCAAAUGGUGGAACUGCUAAAGUCUAUGGUAUGAUAACGCUACCAGUUGUGUGGGAAAAGCAAACACAAGAACUAGACUUUUUGAUAGUCCCUGGCUUAGAGCAAGAAUUUUACUUUGGGGUGCAGUUCUGGAAGAAAUUUGGGCUCUCAGUUGUAGGAGAACUAGGCUGUAGCACGACUGAGAUUAGCGAGGUAGUCGUACCAGAAACUAAUACUAAUCAGCACAUUCUAAACGAGGAACAAUGUAAACAACUUGAAUCUGUAAUGACUAGAUUUCCUUCUUUUGCCAUCUUGGGUUUAGGCCGUACUUCAUUGGAGCAGCACGUGAUAAUAGUGACCGAUGAGGACAUCCCUGUUAAGCAGAGACACUAUCCGGUAUCACCCGUUAUUCAAAAGCUCCUGUUCGACGAGUUGGACCGUAUGAUUGAGCUUGGCGUCAUAGAGCCCAGUAAUAGUAGCUGGAGCUCUCCAGUUACUCUUGUGAGGAAAGAGACAAAGAAUCGUUUGUGCCUCGAUGCCCGAAAGGUGAAUGCCAGAACGGUAAAAGAUGCAUACCCUCUUCCUCAUAUAGAGGGUAUCCUUAGCAGGCUUCAGGAGACGACGUAUAUAUCUGCCAUAGACCUAAAAGACGCUUUUUGGCAGAUUCCACUAGAAGAAAAGUCGAGGGAAAAAACCGCAUUCACAGUCCCUGGGCGGCCAUUAUACCAAUUUACGGUAAUGCCAUUCGGCUUGUGUAAUGCCGCCCAGAGAAUGUGUAGACUGAUGGAUAAGGUUAUUCAUGCGGGUAUUCGCGAUAAGGUCUUCGUAUACCUCGACGAUAUUCUAGUGGUUUCUGCCGAUUUCAGCUCUCAUAUGGACCUUUUGAGUGAAGUGGCAGGAUAUUUGACAAAGGCAGGUCUCACAAUAAACCUCGAGAAAAGCAAGUUUUGCCAACGAGAAGUUCGUUAUCUGGGAUUUGUAGUGGGAGAUGGAUGCAUACGGACAGACAAGGAUAAAGUGGCAGCUGUCAGAGAAUUUCCGGAACCGAAAACCCCGAAGCAGUUAAGGCGAUUCCUGGGAAUGUGUGGGUGGUACCGCCGCUUUAUUCAGAAUUAUGCUUCUAUAGCGGCACCACUCCACGAAUGUUUGGUUAAAGAGCGUAUUCGCAGUUUUUCCUUGUCGGAAGAUGCAAGGAUUUCAUUUGAGAAAUUGAAGGAUAGAUUGACAUCUGCUCCAGUAUUGGUGAACCCGGACUUUUCAAAGCGUUUCUACGUCCAAUGUGACGCGUCCACGUUAGGAGUCGGCGGUGUCCUUUUCCAAUUGGAUGAAGAAGGGCAUGAACAUCCCAUAGCCUAUAUGUCCACUAAAUUAAAUAAAGCCCAGCGCAACUACAGCGUGAAUGAGCUGGAGUGCUAUGCGGCUGUUCUAAGCGUCAAGAAGUUCAGGCCCUACAUAGAAGGUUUGCCGUUCACCAUCAUUACCGACCACGCGAGUCUCAAGUGGCUCAUGAGCCAAACGGAAUUAGCAGGGAGACUGGCACGAUGGAGCCUAAAACUACAGGCAUUUGAAUUCCAUAUUGAGCAUCGUCGUGGGUCACAGAAUGUAGUACCCGACGCUCUGUCCAGAGCUCAUAUGGAAGAGAUUCUUUUGAUGGACCGUUUACUGGACCUUGAUCUUACUAGCCCAUAUUUUGACUCAGAGGAGUACGCAGGUCUCAGGAAUAGUAUUGAGAUGCAUAAGAUAGUUAUGCCGGAUGUUUGUGUAUCCGAGAAAUACAUCUACAAGAGGAUGAACUUUGCUACGGGUGAUGCAUUAGCAGAGGACAAAGCGUGGAAACUUUGGGUGCCUAGAGAGUUAAGGGAUGCUUUAGUUCAAGCCGCUCAUUGCUCCCCAUCAUCUGGUCAUGGUGGAAUCCAUAAAACCUUAUCCCGUAUCCGAGAAAAGUAUUACUGGCCUGCAAUGGUAAAGGACGUUCAGUUGGUGGUUAAGAAUUGCGAUACCUGCUGCACAAAUAAAAACACGAACUCUUUUAAAAGACCGGUCAUGGGCAAACAGUUCAUAUCCGAACGACCCUUCCAAAGGGUAUACAUCGAUUUUAUGGGUCCCUACCCAAGGACUAAGGAUGGAAACACUGUGCUAUUUGUGUGCCUUGACCAUUUUAGCAAGUUUGUUUUCCUGGAGCCAAUGAGAGCUGCAACUGCUGUGAAUGUUGCGAAAUUCUUGGAAAAGCAUGUCUUUCACGUUUUCGGAAUCCCUGAGUUUGUCCAUUCCGACAAUGGUAAACAAUUUACCUCAGUUUUGUUUAAGGACCUUCUAGACAAAUAUGGUGUAAGGCAUAUCCGCACGGCAAUGUAUGGACCCCAAUCUAAUGCCGCAGAGAGGGGUACGACGGGAAUCAUUGAGACACCUGAAUCCUGGCAUAAUGAGGUUGAUCGAAGGCUUGUCGUAACGGAAUUUAUUGUAAAGGAAGCCUUGAGGAGCUUCAAACCAUUUAAAACACCCGCAUCUAAUGGAAUAUUUCCGGCGUAA